GAGAAGGAAAAAAGGGCUCCACUUGACUCAGUCACACUCACACCUAGAGGCACAGCUGUGGGCCUUCACUAACAUGGUUGAGUGUCGGUGCUACAAAAAAGAUCCGCAUAUACAAUAGCCACAGCACUUGUCAUUUGAUAUGAAAGAUUAGGGUUUAUCUUUCUUUAUUCGUUUUUAAUCAUUGAACGUUUUAGGUAUGGUUUUUCAUUUACAGAAAAGACUAUGAUGAUCAUGAUAGAUGAUACUCAUAAAUAAUAACUGCGGUAGAUUUCAUUUGAUCAAAAUCUAGACUUCCAAUCUCAUCUCCUCUCAACUACCCUGUCGGCAUUUGGGAUUUUGUAUAUUUAAUCUCUGAUACAAAAGAUACCAUUUGGAAUACAAUAUCAAUAUAUUAUAGCCAAGAAGCACCUCUCUCUUCUCUCUCCGUCUUUAUCUUUUGGGGUUUGGGCGUUGUGGUCUAUAUUAUAAGAGGUAUUCUUUUAGUCUUGCACAAGCACAGCAAGCAGAAGCAAGCUCUAUUUUCAUGGUGGCUGCAUUAGUAUUAGAACUAGAAUUAGAAUAAAUAUUACAGCAGAAGCCAAAAGAAGUGGAUCUGAGGCAAAAUGGGGAUAGAUCCGAGGCAGAUCGUCGCAGGGGUGCUUACAGUCACCAUGUUUCUAAUGCUUGGUAACAUGAUUAAGCGCGAUCAUUUUGAUGCUCCCAUUUCUCACCAUGUGAACCACGCCGGAUCGACUCAACAUUUUGAUGACAAUAAUGAUUCGGAGCAGAGCUUUGCACUUAGCAAUGGUGGCGAUGGCCCUUGGAAGGAGGAAUCCGGUGGACUCAAGCGUUGUUGGUCUAAGCCAGACUCAGAAGAGGUGGAAGAAUCCAAAGGAUUUGUCACUUUCUCCUUAACCAAUGGACCUGAAUAUCAUGUCUCCCAGAUUGCUGAUGCAGUGGUAGUCGCAAGAUACCUAAAGGCAAAUCUUGUAGUUCCUGACAUUAGAGGAAGCGAACCUGGUGAUUGGAGAAACUUUGGAGACAUUUAUGACAUUGAGAAGUUUGUAAAUAGCCUGGAUGGAGUGGUGAAAGUAGUGAAAACCCAACCUUCAGAGUUAUCAUCAAAGAAUCUUGCUGUUCUAAGGGUUCCUAAUCGAGUCACUGAAGACUACAUUGCAGAAAACAUUGAACCUGCUUUUAGAAGCAAGGGAAAUGUAAGGAUAGCAACAUACUUCCCUUCUGUCAACAUGAAAAAGUCCAAAAUCGAACAAGAUAACUCAAUCGGAUGCUUGGCCACAUAUGGAACACUUGAGCUUCAACCAGAUGUUCAGGAAGUGGUUGACUCAAUGGUUGACCGACUUAAAACCCUAAGUCGCAAAUCAGAUGGACAAUUUGUAGCAGUUGACUUGAGGCUUGACAUAAAACUUGGUUUUGAUAAGGACACUGCUAUAUAUCUGACUCAAUCAAGAUGGGAUAGCAGCCUUGAUGCUUUAAAAGAUCUCUUCCCCAAAUCUUACACAAAGGAGGGAAUAAUGCCAAUGGACAAGAAGUCAAAGUUUCUUGAAUCAGAAUAUGAGAAGGUGAUUGACUUCUACAUAUGUGCACAGAGUGAUGUAUUUGUUCCAGCAAUCUCAGGUUUGUUUUAUGCAAAUGUUGCUGGAAAAAGAAUAGCAACAGGAAAGACUCAAAUACUUGUUCCUGCAAAUAUUCCUCCUGCUUCUUCUGCUUCUGUUGCCAAUUAUGUCUCACGUUAUGUUUCAAAGAAGAAUCACAUGGCCUAUUCAUGUUUCUGCUAGUUUGAUUUUUUUUUCUUCUUCUUCUUCUUCUUAAAAUAUAGUGUUCAAAUGUGAUUGUCUUCAAUUUAUGUAAUGUAACUAUAACUAUCUUCUUCUUUUUUUUUCCUUACAUUCAAACACUUUUUUGUGUGUGCAAGUGUUUUCACACCUUUGUAUUUCUUUUUUCUCCUUGAUAUUAAAAUUUAUCGCCUAGUGUUCUUUAA